GCGACCAAAUCCACCGGCAGCAACCGGUUUGUCACAUGACUAGCGUUCAGCACUGGCUGCCUGUAUGUGUGUGUAGCUUUUAUUUCCGUGUUCACCGAGGGAGCACUGGGCUGGAUGACUUUUUACGGUCGCUGUGUGUCUACCUUCCACGCCGCGAAACUGCGCCGCCGUGUUGGGAUCUGUCGGGCGGGGGGGAACUCACGCAAUCGCAUCGCCUGGACCCACGCUGCAGCACGACCAUGCUCACGCGGGUGAAAUCGGCGGUGGCCAAUUUUAUGGGAGGUAUGAUGGCUGGUGGCUCCAACGGUGACCAUCCCGGCGGUGGCUCGGAUCUGCCGCUGAAAUUUCCGUACAGCAGACCGGAGUUCUUGGGACUGUCGCCGGACGAGAUAGAGUGCUCGGCGGACCACAUUGCGAGACCGAUCCUCAUACUGAAGGAGACCAAACGGCUCCCGUGGGCCACCGGCUACGCAGAGGUAAUCAAUGCAGGAAAGAGCACAUUAAAUGAAGACCAGGCCUGCUGUGAGGUGCUGGUGGUCAAAAGGAGACCUGCAGGAAGCUCCACGCCCAACCGGACCCCGAUGGUCCGCAGGAGGUCUUCCCUGCCCAAUGGAGAGAGUUUGGGCCUCCGGGAGUGCUCACCCACCAGCGCUUUACUAAGACCCACUCAGAGCCUACAGGAAACUCGUUAUCUUGAGAUUGGCGGUUUAUUCCAGGACAGCUCUGAAGACCUAACCUUCCACUACUGGGCGUUGUUUGAUGGCCAUGCUGGCUCUGGGGUGGCUGUAAUGGCUUCCCGCCUUCUACAUCACCACAUCGCCAUGCACCUUCAGGAGGUGAUGGAGAUUGUAUGCACUCCAAACCUGCUGGCCCCCACGUGCCUCGGAGAGGAGCCCAUCAAUCACCACCUGACCUCCACAUCCCAACGCGCCCUCACCAGGGCCGCCUCGCUCCGUGGUGCUGCAGGGGCUCCAGGCUCACCCAGCACCCCACCUACACGCUUCUUCACUGAGAAGAAAGUCUCACAAGAAAGCCUGGUGGUCGGAGCCAUUGAAAACGCUUUCAAAGACAUGGAUGUGCAGAUAGAGAAGGAGAAGGCAGUCUACAACAUCUCAGGUGGCUGCACUGCUCUGGUGGUUGUCUAUUUGCUUGGGAAGCUCUACAUUGGGAACGCCGGGGACAGCAGGGCUAUCAUUAUCCGGGCAGGGGAAGUCGUCCCCAUGUCAGCAGAGUUCACACCGGAGUCAGAGAGACAGCGACUGCAGUUCCUGGCCUACAUGCAGCCCCACUUAUUAGGAAACGAGUUUACACAUCUGGAAUUCCCGAGGAGAGUCCAGAGAAAGGAAGUGGGGAAGAGGAUGCUGUACCGUGACUUCACCAUGUCGGGAUGGGCAUAUAAAACCAUUGAGGACGAUGACCUAAAGUUUCCCCUGAUCUACGGCGAAGGGAAGAAGGCUCGUGUGUUGGCGACCAUCGGGGUCACAAGAGGUCUCGGGGAUCACAAUCUCAAAGUGCACGACUCUAACAUCUACAUUAAGCCCUUCCUCUCCUGCUGCCCAGAGGUCAAGGUUUACCCUUUGGCACAGUGCGAGCAUGGAGCCGACGACGUUCUGGUGCUGGGCACCGAUGGUCUGUGGGACGUCCUCUCUAACCAGGAAGUAGCUGAAGCGGUCACCUGUUUCCUGGCAAACUGUGACCCCGACGACCAGCACAGGUACACAAUGGCAGCUCAAGACCUUGUAAUGCGAGCAAGAGGGGUACUGAAGGAUCGAGGCUGGAGGAUAUCCAACGACAGAUUAGGCUCUGGAGAUGACAUCUCUGUCUACAUCAUUCCCCUCAUGUACGGCAACAAGCAGAACUAGCCAAGCUACGAAACUACAACUACUAACGAAACGUAAUCCUGCCUUCUGCAAUUCCCCUCAUCCCUUGUACUCUUUUUAAAGUGCUUUAGUGUGGAUGUCCUCCUCUGCUGAGGGAUCCAAGAUGUCUCUGGUCAGAAAUGGGAUUUCUGUCCACGCUGUUUCCCCCAUGAUCAUCCUCAAACAGGAUGAUCUCUUUUUCUCUCGUCCUUUUUUUAUAGAAAAGAAACGUGAAAAAGAGCUGUUGAAGAGUACUACUGAUUUUUUUUAUUAUUUGAUUUUUUUUUGUUAUGUCGAGGAAGCCAUCAUGAACCUUGUUGUGGGGGCAAUGCCUAAGGUUGAGAGCAUAGCCUCUCAUGGAUGAGAUGGUAAUGUACAUCUCAGGAUUGCAGUUACUAAUUUAAUGCACAAUAUUUAUAAAUGUGAAAAUGUAAAUACUCCCAAGGUGUAAAACAUUUGAUAAGUGUGUCUAGUUGAACACCUGUACAGUGUAAAAAAACAAACAAACUAAAAACUAACCUGAAGACUGAUGUCCUACAUAUAUGAAUCAUGCCUCCUAUGUAGAGCUUUUGAAAUUAGCCACGUUCAGCCUUCUCUAGACAGUAUUUCAGCUUGUUCUCCUGAUGCUGAAGUUGCUAUUUUUUUUACAUUUGCACCCCUUGCAGUGCUAUACUGUACUCACUAUUAAGGAAAACAAUUUUCUUUGGAAAUGAA